UCCAGAGUCGUCUGCUUCUCAGGAUUUGAACACGUGAGAAUCUGUAAACAGUGUCGGGUAUCAGUUUGAUUAGUCUUGAUUGUCUAAAUAUCGAGUGAUUUAAAUAAUAUGAAAUGAAUAAAUUUGAUAAGUUCAAAGACGUAGUUACUUCACGUGGCCGAGGCCGUGGAAGAGGUGGCGGUGAUCGUGGUGGAUCUCGAGGUGGAAGCCGAGGAAGAGGCGAUCGUGGAGGUUCUCGAGGUGGAAGCCGAGGGAGAGGAAAUUUUAAUGGUGGAGAUCGUAGAGACCGAAGUGAAGGUGGUGGUGAUAGUCAAGUAGGAUCAGGUGAGGGCAAUCGUGGCAAAAGAACUUUUCAAGGUGGUCGUGGAAGAGGCCCACCAAGAGGUGGCAGGGGCAGAGGAGGACCAUCACAGGGCAGCCGGGGAAGAGGAGGAUCAUCACGUGGAAAUCGUGGAAGAGGAGGAGGACGUCCAGUACAAGCCCAUCAAACCAAGACAAAGCCAAUUGAAAAGAAAGAGGAAGUCCAGGAAAAUAAGGGUUCCGAAAUUAAAGAUGGUCUUUCACUCUACAUUACCUUCAAAGAUGGCCCAGAUAUCUAUGAACUCGAAAAGUUAAAAGGAUUUCAUUCACUCAAUCCACCACCCAACAAAAAAGAAAAAGAAAGAAUCAUGUUGUUCAGAGAUCUAGAAUCGCUUGAAACUGCCAAGUUGUUUCUUGAUGCCCAUAAAAAUGUGAAAUCUACUAAUCUUAUGGGAUUGAAAUCAUUCAAAAGACAGGGUUCUAAUUCCUCAGAUAACUGCAGAUUAUUCUUGAGAUUUGACAAGGCCCAUGAUGAAGAUGCUGUCAAACAACUUGACAGCAAAAUUCUAGAAGUCCUUCCUUUGAAGGAUAGCAGCUGUUGCAAGGUGGAGUUUGCUAGUCCUGAAGAAGCAAAGUCUGCAGCAGAGAGGUUAAAAAACCUCAUUCGUAAAACUGGUUUAAGACAAGUGGAUGUAUUUGCAGGCAAUACAGCAACUAGUUCAUCAACAAAACCCGGAAUUUCACCCACUACCAAUAUCCUGCAAGACACGGUCGUGUUACGAGAUGUUCCUAAAGAUGCCACUAUAAAAGAUAUUUCCGAUCAGUUCCCCGAGGCUGUUUCAUAUUAUCUUUACGACAAAACCUUCCCCGCUUCUAAAUAUUGUCACGCUGCCAUUCGGUUGAACACCGAAAGGGUCGCCGAGAUUUUAAAGUGCAAAAAUUUGAAAAUUGCGGGAAAGAAAGUAUACGUUUUCCCUGCUCACGCAGAAUUCUUACACGACAAUCCCAAGUUAGGGGAGCCAGAACCCGAACCGGUUGAAGAGUCCGCAAAGGGCACCAAAGUCGAACCCCCGAGUAAAAAGAGGAAGGUAGAUGUCGGACAAGAAGAGGAAAGUAGCGAAGAAGAAGAAGAGGACGAAGAUGAUGAUGAUGAAGAAGAAGCUGGUGACGACGGUGAUGAUGAGGAAGAGGACGAGAACGAUGAAGGUGCCGAUGAAGAACUUGACGAAAGUGAUUAAAUUUUGACAAUGGAACAUUUCUCACGUAUGCUUUAAUUCUUAAAGAAAUAAAAGCUCAUCUUUUAUUUUGGUCAAACGA